AUGGACAUCAGGGACCUACUUGUCCGCCACGAGAAGCUUGUCCAUCUCAAUGAAGGCAGCAGCAACAAGGAUGGCAGCAGGCCGAGAAAGCCUUCCUCUGGAGGAAUGGCGCCUGCCCCGACCGAGACUCGCGUUGACACCGAGAUGCUGGGUAUGCAACACCACCAACAUGGACAGCAGCAACAGCAACACCAUCUGCAGCAAAAGCCGCGCCCGGUGCAUUCCCAGUACCAGGCGGCACCUGUGCAGCCGCCAGUAGUGUCGUCGCUUCCUCCAGAUACGCGCCUUGCAACACGAGCGCCCGCCUGUAACCUCGAUCUUCUCUCCGACGCUGCGACACACCUCGCCUCGGGCGGCGAGGUCAACAACAUUCAAGCAGCCAUGAUGCAAGGGCUUGCUCAACAACCGGUGGACCUGGCACCCGUCAAGGGCUACCACGGGACAAUGUCGUAUGCGGAGCGGCCACGAGAUCAAGAUCCUGGGGUCUUGGCCCCAGGCUAUGCUGCGCAACCUCCACCUCCUGCCUUUGACGACUACAACCUUUUUCUCGACGACUUUGCCACUACUUCUUCGCAUUUUUUGCCGCCUUCGCUUGAGACCGAUCAGGGGUUUGGCCUGUGGUCUCGCCCUGCCGGCGCGGAACUCGGACGGGGGCUGUCCAAGCCACCUUCGGCCUUCCCCUCCAGGCUCCCAUCACUGCAACCUGAUCUCCGAGACCCAUCCGGAGAGGCUUCGAGGAUGCAUGAAGAUGGAUUCCGAGGGCCAAUCUGGAGAAUAUCAGCAGCAGACCAUACAGUAAUUCGGAGCCGGCUGGAUGAGUUCUCGUCGGCCCUUCCCAAUGACUUCGUCUUCCCUUCGCGGCACACCUCGAAUAGGUUUUUUGAGGGCUAUAUCAGCGGCUUUCAUGAAAACCUUCCUUUCCUCCACCUGCCCACAUUGUCUCCCACUGAUUUGUCGCCGGAGCUGUUGCUGGCAAUACUAGCCGUCGGAGCGCAGUACCGCUUCGAGACGAACCGCGGCCAUGCGUUAUGGUAUGCUGCGAAAGCCGUGGCCCUCGAACAGAUACGUCGCAGACAUAGUCAUGAAGUCCAUGGGUUGCUGCCCACGCCGGCUGCCUACAGCCCGCAUUCCACUCGUCCGUCUCCAAGCUCUGGCUUCCGACAUUCGUUUCCUUCCGUUCACCAGGAUCGGCCCAUGACCCAGGACACUCAUCGGGAACCAUAUUCCCCAAACACACCUCAGUCACGGCUAGAGACCAUCCAGGCCCUCCUCCUACUCUUCGCCGUUGGGCUGUGGGGUGCGAAGGCGAUUCUUCACGAGGCAUUGUCCUUGCAGAGCCUGCUCGCGCUCUUGCUCCGUGAAGAGGGCCUUGUCGCCGAGGCCAAUCAGCAAACGACGGAUUGGGAGACAUGGGUUCGACUGGAAGCGAGUACACGGACUAAGCUUGUUGCAUACUGCUUCUUUAACCUCUGCAGUAUCGCAUACAACACCCCGCCCCUGCUCCUGACAUCAGAGGUACACCUGUACUUGCCCAACCCAUCGCGGCUGUGGAGGGCUGAGAAUGCCUGGCAGUGGCAAGAAGCCCGGCAGGCUUGUGCCAACAUGGAUAUUUCGCUUCAUGAGGCCUUCGCGCGCCUGUUGAGUCGCCCAUCACAACCCCUGCCGACACCCCUUACAUCGCUUGGCAACUACAUUCUCAUACACGCCUUGAUCCAGCACAUCUUCUUGCUGAAGCAAACUUCAUUCUCCAUGAUGUCGCCUUUCGGCGUACAGAGGGGGUUGAAGAUGGAGGACGUGGAAGACAUCAACCAGGCUCUGCGCGCAUGGAGUCUUGGCUUCGAGCAGCAUCGCCAGCUCCAGGCUAGCGAGAUGGCGGCCCAGGGCGCCGGAGAAGGCUACUCGGAAGGCGCGGUAGCUUUCAACUCGACCGCCCUCCACAGGCUUGCCUACAUCAGGCUGCAUACCGAUUUGAGUCCAAGCCGAAGUCUCGAGACACGGGACCACGUCAUGAUCGCACAGGCGUUCAGCGACGCGCCUCUUCUUGUACGGAGUGCCCGCCUCUGCCGUGCCGUGGUCCAAGCCAUCCACGCGCUGUCCAUGCUUGUCAAGAUGGGGGUGAAUUAUGUGGCCAAAACCAAGUCACUGGAGUGGAGCAUGCAGCAUUCUUUGUGCAAUCUUGAGUGUGCCGUCCUCCUUUCCAAGUGGCUUCUCACCCUUUCAGCAAUCGGCCCGGCCGAACCGCCUCCAUCAACCGAAGAAAGGAAUCUCCUCGAAAUGGUCCGCCGCAUGCUGGACGAGACUGAGUUUGCCGUGCCGAUCGACCCAUCGCUGGCGGGCUCGUCUGGCGCCCACGGCCACGGCCACCACCCGUCUCGGUCUGUGGAUCUGUCUGCGACUGAUCCCAUCAAGCUCAGGCGGCUGGCCUGCGCAGUCAUUCGGUUAUGGGCCGAGACGUUCAAAGGCGCGCACAUCUUUGAGAGUGUACGCAUCAUUGCGGCUGGCCUGGAGGGCUACGCGGAUAUGAUGGAAAAGCCGAGAGAUAGGACGCCACUGGGGAGGAUGGUUGCGAAUCAGGGCCUUGGUUGA